CACUCAGUCAACCAACUGUUUCACUUGUAAAUGACAUAAAAAAAACAAAACCGAAAUGUAUUUGGGUUACCUUGUUUUUGUUCUUACUCUGUGGGAUGUUAUUGAUGCUUCACCAGCAAGCAAAGUUUUGCAAUUCACAGCCACACAAUGCGAACUUCCCGAAGACAUCCCAAAUGGCCAGUACAGAAUUAUACAUGGUACAGACUUUGUUACUGGAACAACCAUCAAGUACACAUGCAAUGAAGGUUACAACAUGAUGAGCAGAGUGGACAUCAGAACGUGCUUGAUUGGAGGUUGGGAUAACCACUUACCUCAGUGUGAAGAGAUACGUUGCACUGUAGAAAAAACAGAUGAGCACCUUGUGACAACUGGACUGCUCCAUGAUGAUUCAAGAGUGAAGUAUGGCCAUAAGUUACACUUUAAAUGUGACAGCCCUAAAUUGGUGCUAAGAGGGCCAAAACUGGUCUCAUGUUCAACAGAUGGCAAGUGGAGCAGCCCAUUCCCUACAUGUGGAGAAAACAGCACCUGCGGUCUGCCACCAGCCGCUGACUUUGCAGAUGUCACUGACACUCUGAAAGGCCAGUAUGAGGAUGGGGAAAGAGUGGAAUAUCAAUGCCAGACAUUUUACACAAUCUCUGAAAAUCCCUACAUGACCUGCAGCAAUGGCCAAUGGACAGGAACAAUAAGAUGCAUGAAGCCCUGUACAGUCACAACUGAGGAAAUGGAUCAGAAUAAGAUACACCUGGCCCAUGGUCGCCACAGAAAAAUGUACUCAGAACAUUUGGAUUUUAUCUCUUUCAAAUGCAACUGGUGGAAAUCUCUGCAGGCAGACAGUCCUGGCCUCCGACAGCAGUGUAUGGACGGCGUCAUGACUUUGCCUCGUUGUGCCUAAUUUUGGCCUUUCUUACACUGAUUUAGUUGAGUGUUUCUAAAGAAACUCGGUGAAGAAUCUAAACCUUACUCAAAAUGAUAGGAUUGUAUUUUGCUCCAUGCUGAAAUAAACAGAAUCACUUUAAAA